GGCAAUCACAUCAUCAUCACCACCACCACCCUUUCUAGUCUCCCUCCAACUGUUUGGUCUGCUAGUUAUUUUAGGAGCCAAAUCCGGGGAUCAAAAGGAAAAUUGUUCUUUGUUCAAUCCCAACCAAACCAACCAAAAACAAAGAAAAGAAAAAAAAAACCCAGAACUCCUUAUACCAAUCUUCAUCCUUUUUGGCUUUCUUCACGAAUCCAACAGCUCCCAUUUCUUUGUAAAUUUUGUUUUUUGCAAUAUCUGAGAAAAUACCCAUUUCUUUAAACAAGCUUAGAAGCUCUAAAAGUUCAGAACUUUCACAAGAAAAGGAAAAAAAAAGGAUUGGAUUUUGUUUAUUUUGAUGAUUCCAUUUCCCUCCAUUUUUUCUCUGUCAAGGGUCAGUUUCAGAGAUGCUUUUGUUUUUGUUGGUCUUCCUGAAAACCCCACAUUGAUGCAAGAGAAGAGACAAAGAGGGAUGGAUAGAGACAUUUUUUGAUCUUUGGGUUAUUAUUUGGUUAAAGAAAGGAAAGGAAAGGAAAAGGAAUGCAGAGUUUGAACAAAGAUACAGUUUUUAUUUGUUUAGUAUACAUAGAAUGAGCAAAAAGCUUGGCUUUAGAAAGGCCCUGGAAACAAAAGUAAAGAAAUCACAAGCAGCGGCAAAGAAGAAAGCAAUCAGCAUAUUUACAGCAAUGUCUGUAGCUCACGUUGAUGAUGAAGAACCUGGCCCUGGUGAAGUUCGCCAUGUUGAAAAAGUCCUUUCAACAGGGGACUUUUAUACAGGCCAAUGGUGUGAUAGUUUGCCUCACGGCAAUGGAAAGUUUUUAUGGACUGAUGGUUGUAUGUAUGUUGGCGAGUGGCUUAAAGGAAAGACAAUGGGGAAAGGCAGGUUUAGUUGGCCCUCAGGUGCUACCUAUGAGGGUGAAUUCAAGAGUGGUUUUAUGGAUGGUAAAGGGACUUACACAGGUUCUUCAGGAGAUACUUAUAAAGGUUCUUGGGUUAUGAACUUUAAACAUGGGCAAGGGACUCAAAGCUAUGCCAAUGGGGAUUACUAUGAAGGCGAAUGGCGCCGCGGAUUCCAGGACGGACAUGGGAGGUACCAAUGGAAGAAUGGGAAUCAUUAUAUUGGUCAAUGGAGGAAUGGGAUGAUGAAUGGCAAUGGAACAAUGAUUUGGAGUAACGGGAAUAGGUAUGAUGGUUUCUGGGAGGAUGGUUUCCCUAAAGGGAAUGGGAAUUUUAGAUGGGCAGAUGGGAGUUUUUAUGUCGGUGUUUGGAGUAAGGAUGAUAAGGAACAGAGUGGAACUUAUUAUCCUUCUGGUUCUCAAAGUGGGAAUCUAGAUUGGGAUCCUCAACAGUUGUUUUUGGAGGAUUUGAAAGAUUGCAUGAUAUGUCCUGGUGAGAAGGUGUCAAUAUUUCCGUCACAAAAGAUGCCACAUUGGCCUGGAAUGGGCAAAGGGAAUGGGGGGAGGCCUAGGAGAUCAUCAGAUGCGAGGUUAAGUAAUUAUAGUUGGAGUUCAGAUGCAAAUGAUGUUUCUACUGCUAGUGACGGGGAUUUGAGGGAUGGGAAUGAAGGAGUUGGGAAUCUUCAUGAUGAAGAUUCUGAUACAAGAGGGAGUUUGCCACAGUUCAAGAUGCCAAUGAAGAAGCAGGGGCAGACGAUAUCGAAAGGGCACAAGAAUUAUGAGCUCAUGCUUAAUUUGCAACUGGGUAUCAGACACUCUGUUGGAAGGCCUGGUCCGGCUAUAACCCUGGAUCUGAAGCCUUCAGCUUUUGAUCCUAAGGAAAAAGUAUGGACCAAAUUUCCUCCUGAAGGAUCCAAGCACACUCCACCUCAUCAGUCUUGUGACUUCAAGUGGAAGGAUUACUGUCCGGUUGUGUUUAGGACCCUUAGGAAAUUGUUCAAUGUGGAUGCAGCUGAUUACAUGAUUUCAAUAUGCGGGAAUGAUGCCCUUCGGGAACUAUCAUCCCCUGGAAAAAGUGGAAGUUUUUUUUACUUGACCAAUGAUGACAGAUACAUGAUAAAGACAAUGAAGAAGGCAGAAGUAAAAGUCCUCAUAAGGAUGCUUCCAGCCUACUAUAAUCAUGUUCGGUCCUUUGAAAACACUCUAGUCACCAAAUUUUAUGGUCUUCAUUGUGUAAAAUUAACUGGGGCAGCGCAGAAAAAGGUGCGAUUUGUUAUAAUGGGGAAUCUGUUCUGUACUGACUAUAGCAUUCAUAGGCGCUUUGACUUGAAAGGUUCUUCCCAUGGCCGCACAACUGCUAAACCUGAAUCAGAAAUUGAUUCGACAACUACCCUCAAAGACCUUGAUCUCAAUUAUAUAUUUCGAUUGCAGAAACUGUGGUACCAGGAGUUUUGCAGGCAAGUGGACAGAGAUUGUGACUUUCUUGAACAGGAAAGAAUUAUGGACUACAGUCUGCUGAUUGGUUUUCACUUUCGAGAAGUUUCCACACCUUGUACUUCUGGAGUUUGCACACCUACUGGAAAUGGAGAUUGUGAAAAGGCUGACAAGGAUAAGCUUCUUUUCAGCCCCUCUCGGUUGUCUUCCAUUGAAUUAGGUAUAAGCAUGCCCGCUCGGGCUGAAAAGACAGUGAGAAGAAGUGAUUGUGAAGCUCAGCUGGUUGGAGAACCCACCGGGGUAAUAUAUGAUGUCAUCCUCUUCUUUGGUAUAAUAGACAUUCUACAGGACUAUGAUAUUAGCAAGAAGCUUGAGCAUGCUUAUAAAUCAAUGCAGUAUGAUCCAACUUCAAUUUCUGCUGUUGAUCCAAAACAAUAUUCAAAACGCUUUCGGGAUUUUAUUUUCAGAAUUUUUGUAGAGGACACUUGAAAGUUAUACUUUGAUCAGAUCUUCAACUUGGAACCAGUGUACGGUCAUGUACAUUCGAUCAUUUUUUGGAGAUGUGAGUGCUUAAAAGCAAAAAGGUUAACAUUUUGGUUAUUGACAUGGCCAUGGAGGAUGAUCUAUGGCAGCACCGGACACGCCUUUGUAAUCUAGGAUUAGUUUCUCACCAGCUCUUCAUCUCUCACUUUACAGUUGCAGAUAUAUGAUAUGUUAUAGUCAAUGGUGUAGGUUAACAUUGUAAUCAGAGUUACUAAAACUUCCUUCAAAUGUAAAUGAAUUGACCGGAUGGUGAAACCUGCAUUGAAAUUGAUUCUUUUGUACCUAGAAUUUUUUCCCCAGAAGGUUAGGACUCUCCGGGGUUCAGCUUGAAAUAAUGUACAGAAAGGGAUUGGAAUGAAACUAACUCUUAGUUGUUUAUA